AUUUAAGUGUUGACGUUUGCGGUCUGAUGAUUGAUAUUAAAUCUUGACAAGGUUUUAUUAACGUAUAAAAAUGAUGAAUAUUGUAUAAAAGAUAUAAUUAUUUACCAUUACGCUAUUAUUAAUUAGUAUUUAACUUACUUAAUAGUUCAUGUGUCUAAGUUAAACAGUAAAGUAGAACACAAGUACCAAAAAUGAUGGACGGAAAUGAUAUAGCCUCGGAAACCAACAGAAAAGGUUUUAUAUCUCAGGCAUGGACCCGAUUGUCACAGAUUUACCAAGGUCUCCUAGACAAAUGGACGCCACACACUAAAAGUAGAUGGGUGGCGUCUUUUCUUCUUCUAGUAAUAUUUAUCUUGCGAAUAUUCUUAAAACAAGGCUGGUAUAUAGUCACAUACGCAUUAGGAAUAUAUCACUUAAAUCUGUUUAUUGCAUUCCUCACACCAAAAAUCGAUCCUGCUAUGGACUUUGAUGAAGACGAAAAUGGUCCAGCCCUGCCUACAAGAGCAUCUGAAGAAUUUAGACCAUUCAUAAGGAGGCUGCCGGAAUUCAAGUUUUGGUUAUCCGUCACCAAGAGCACGUUAAUAGGCUUUUUCUGUACAUUUAUCGAUGCCUUUAAUAUACCUGUAUUUUGGCCUAUACUAGUAAUGUAUUUCAUUACCUUAUUCUGCCUAACCAUGAAGAGACAAAUUAAGCAUAUGAUUAAAUAUCGCUACCUGCCAUUCACUCACAACAAACCAAAAUACAGAACCGUGGAUUCAUCUGUGACUGUAAAUUGAUGGUGUUUGAAUGAUUCACAUAGUAAUAAUAACAUUAUGAAAUAUCUAAGUAAUAUAAAACUGUUGUACGGAUAUGAUUUUAGAAAUACAGUUCUUAUUGUAAUGUUUUUUUUUUAUUUUAUUAUUUAUUACUUAUACUUUAGUAUAAUUUUGUUCAGACCAAUUUAUAUGUAAUUAAUAAAGUUUAUUGGAAAAUUGUUAUAUUUUGUGUAAAUUUAAAUUGCUUGAAUGAAUAUUACCAAACGGAACUACCUAUUGAUGAGGUGAUGCAGCUAAAGUAUUUUUUAAAUACACAAAGUUUAUUAUUUAA